AUAUAUAUAAGUCAGACGUUUCUGCCCACCAGUGUUGAUUUAACAGCUCUCGAGCAAUCGACUUUCAUCACGACAUAUACGACAUACGGCAGUAUUACUAAAUCCUGAAAGAUGCGCUGGAUCCUCAAAUUUACACUGAUGACCGUGUCCGUGUUGGUCGCAUCUGGCAGAGGUGCCCCUUUCAGGCCUCCAAAUGCUGGUUUUGCAUGCUCAGGCUUCAUAUCAAGGGAAACGACGACCUACAGAGUACCGCCAGACUGUCCUUCUGUGAUACUCACUUGUUACCAGGGUACAUGUCCUCAAGUGGUAAUCCUCACGUUUGACCAUGUCCAGUCAAUAUGUUUCGGACAUCGGUUUUACGGUAUCUCCAGCUACAGUGUGUUGACGUCAACAGGGAACAUUCGUGUGUCAGAAGGAAGGCGUAAAUGUAUACCGGAACUUACAAACCGGAACGUCAGCUUAACUCUCCACGGGCACACCGGCCAGGUGAUAUUCUUUAAUAUGGUAUCCCUUCAGGAGGAUAGUAUUUCACUUCACACGCAUCGCGUGUCAUCGUUUGAAGAAGCUCUUGCUAUGCUGAAUGAAUUGGCUACUUCAUGAUGAAUGAAAUGUCGACUGCAACGACAGAUGCGGACAAAAUUGCGUUUUGACCUUGCUGCGAAUGACGUAAUUAACUUUUCCAGCUGUUGCAACGGCAUAUUGACGUCAGCACAAGCACGAACAGGCCAUAGCGCGUGUGAUAUUGACAUUAAUGAUAUGACUCAUCUCAAUAAUAUAUAUCAUUACUAUAACAGAUAUUGUUUAAAAUAUACUUUUAUAAUGAAUGUGAAUUUGAGAUUAUAAUAAAAUAGACUAAUGG